AUGGAUCAACAAUUUUUGAACCAACUGGAGCAAACUUUGGGUUUGAUUGUCCAACCAAACUCUUCUGGAUUGAAAGAAGCUACCAAGGCCUUACAAACUCAAUUCUAUACACAGCCAUCAAGUAUUCCAGCUUUGAUUCAUAUCUUGCAAAAUGGUUCCGAUGACGGUUUGAAACAACUUGCUGGUGUUGAAGUCAGAAAAUUGAUUGGUAAACAUUGGAAAAACUUGGAUGAGAAUUCAAAGACCCAAAUCAAGUCCUCGUUAUUACAAAGUGCUUUCAGCGAAAACAAAGAAAUUAUCCGCCAUUCGAAUGCUCGUGUGAUUGCCUCCAUUGGUACUGAGGAACUUGAGGAGAACAAAUGGCCAGAUUUAGUUCCAAAUUUGAUACACGCGGCUUCUGGUGAAGAUAGUGCAACAAGACAAACGUCAUCCUUUGUUCUGUUAUGUUUGUUAGAAGAUUUCACACCAUCUUUAGCGUCAUACGUCGACGAUUUUUUGAACUUAUUCGGACAAACUAUAAAUGACACUACUUCUUUAGAGACCAGAUCACUAGCUGCUCAAGCCUUGAACCACGUGUCUGCUUUGAUUGAGGAAGAAGACGUUAUCAAUCCACAACAUGCUGCAAAGUUUUCCAGUUUGAUUCCAUCAGUUGUCAAUGUCUUGGACGCAGUUAUUAAAGCCGAUGACAGCGUUAACGCCAAGCUGAUAUUCAACUGUUUAAAUGACUUUUUAUUGCUAGACUCUCAAUUAACAGCAAAUUCUAUCCUUGAAUUAGUCAAACUUGCUCUUCAAAUAUCUGUCAACACUGAAAUCGAUGAAGAUGUUAGAGUUUUUGCUGUUCAGUUCAUUAUUUCUGCUUUAACCUAUAGAAAAUCGAAAAUUAUCCAGGCUAGGUUGGGUCCAGAGAUUACAGUAGCAGCUCUGAAGGUCGCUUCUGAAGAAAUUGAUGUAGAUGAUGAGUUGAAUAAUGAAGAAGAAGCCGCUGAAAACGAAGAAAACACACCUUCUUCCAUUGCUAUUAGAUUGUUGGCCUUUGCCUCUGCAGAUUUACCACCAUCUCAAGUUGCUUCUGUGAUCGUUGAACACUUGCCAGCUAUGUUACAGUCUUCUAAUGCAUUUCAAAGAAGAAGUAUUCUUUUAGCAAUUUCCGUUGCGGUUGGUGGUUCUCCAGAUUAUAUUUUAUCUCAAUUUGAUAAAAUCAUUCCAGCAACAAUUUCUGGAUUGAACGAUAACGAGCCAAUUGUUAAGUUAGCUGCCUUGAAAUGUAUUCAUCAGCUCACAACCGACUUACAAGACGAAGUUGCGAAGUUUCACAACGAAUAUUUACCUUUAAUCAUUGAUAUUAUUGACACAGCAAAAUUCGUUGUUAUUUACAAUUACGCCACAGUUGCAUUAGAUGGUCUAUUAGAAUUCAUUGCUUAUGAUGCAAUCUCUAAGUAUUUAGAGCCAUUGAUGAACAAGUUGUUUUAUAUGUUGGAAAGCAACAAGUCAUCUAAAUUGAGAUGUGCCGUCGUUUCUGCAAUCGGUUCAGCCGCCUUCGCUGCUGGUAUUGCGUUCGUGCCUUUUUUCAAAACAAGCGUUCAGUACUUAGGUCAAUUUAUCGAGAAUUGCUCUCAAAUUGAGGGUAUGAACGAUGAUGAUAUCGAGUUAAGAGCCUUGACCUUUGAAAAUAUAUCAACAAUGGCCAGAGCGGUUAGAUCAGAAAACUUCGCUGAAUAUGCAGAACCAUUGGUUAAUUCUGCUUAUGAGGCAAUUCAGACUGAAUCUGCAAGAUUGAGAGAAUCUGGUUAUGCUUUUAUUGCUAAUUUGGCUAAAGUAUACGGUGAGAAUUUUGCACCAUUCUUGAAAACGAUAUUACCAGAAAUUUUUAAAACGUUAGAAUUGGAUGAAUAUCAAUUUAAUUUCGAUGGCGAUGCUGAAGAUUUAGCUGCAUUUGCCGAUGGAGCUACAGAAGAUGAUUUGCAAAACAAGUUUACGGUUAAUACAGGUAUUGCUUACGAGAAAGAAGUUGCAGCCGCAGCACUAUCGGAACUAGCGCUCGGUACUAAAGAACAUUUCUUGCCAUAUGUUGAGCAAUCGUUGAAAGUUCUGACCGAACAAGUUGAAGAAUCAUAUGGGUUGAAAGAAACUGCUAUGGACACAAUUUGGAAUAUUGUUAAAUCUGUUUUAUUAGCAGCUAAAAUCGAACCUGGUUCUUACCCAAGAGGUACGCAAUCAUACGUCGAUGCGAACGUCUUAGCAGUCAUUCAAAAGGCAAGAACAACCACUUUGUCUGAUCUUGCUGACGAAUUUGAAAACUCAAUGGUCAUCACUGUUUUUGAGAAUAUUGCCAAAAUGAUUAAACAAUUUGGUAGUGUCAUUAUCAUGGACAGUAGUGAUUCCAAAACUCUUGAAUCAUUAUGUGUUCAAGUAGUCAGUGUUUUGAAGGGAGAACAUACUUGUCAAACGAUCCAUUUGGAAGAAGAUGUUCCAAAGGACGAAGAAUUAGAUGCAUCAGAGACUGAUGCUACACUACAAGAUGUCGCCCUAGAGGUCCUUGUUAGCUUGUCGUAUUCUAUGCAAGGUGAUUUCACUGGAAUUUUCCAAGAUAUCAAGUCUGUACUAUUCGGCUUAUUUGAAUCCAAAUCAAAGAACAAAAGAUCCAAUGCCGUUGGUGCUACUUCGGAGAUUGCUGCAGGUAUGAAAGAUCAAAAUCCAUUUGUUCAAGAGAUGCUUGAACACUUGAUAACUAUCUUAACCAGUGACAAAUCUUUAGAAGUGAGAGGUAAUGCUGCAUACGGUGUUGGUUUGCUAUGUGAAUAUGCUCCAUUUGACGUUUCUGCUAUCUAUGGUCCUGUUUUAAAAGCCAUGUACGAACUAUUAACUACAGCAGACCAAAAGGCUCUAACCGCAGAAGAUGAUGAAGCCACGAGAGAAAUUAUCGACAGAGCUUUUGCUAACGCAAGUGGUUGUGUCGCAAGAAUGGCAUUGAAGCAUGAAGGUUCUGUUCCAUUGGAGCAAACUUUGCCAGCGUUAUUGGCACAUUUGCCAUUGAAGACGGGCUUCGAAGAGUAUGCACCAAUUUUUGAAUUGAUAAUGAAAAUGUACCAAAACAAUAAUCCAGUCAUCUCUGAAGCUACACCAAAGGUUAUCGAAAUCUUUACUUCAGUUUUCACAAAUGAAAAUGAAAGAGUGAAAUUGGAACAAGAAUCGACUCUAGGUAGAGAAGAAAACAUGGAGAAACUGAAACAAUUUCAAGAUGAGGAAACGAGGCAAAAAGUCAUUGAGCUACUAAAAUACCUAAAUGGCCGUUACGAUGGUAUAGUAGCACAAAAUCCAAUUCUAGCAGCAGUAAUUGCUUAA